AAGUUUGUGUGUGUGUGUGUAACUUAUACUUUUAUCAUUAUGAGAUCAAAGAAAUCAAAACUCCCACAGGGAAAAUCGAUGAACUCCAUUUUCUUCUUCAUCACAACAAUUCUUAACCUGAAAAUCCUAACCCUAGCACUGUUACAGAGCCAGAGAAAGCAAUUAUUUUAGAGAGAGAAAGCCAAAAUUUGACAGUUUUUGAUCUAACAUUUAACGAAAACAAUUACUUCUGUAGCUCAAUCUGUAAACACCCACAUGCUCAUUUGCUUUGCCAUUCAAACAACAACCACCCUUUAGCUUCAAACCUACAAAGACCAAGAUCCUCACUGACCCAUUACCUAAACCCGUCUGAAAACCUAAACUUCACUAUACCCACAUCCCCAAUUUCAUUGAUUUGACUCAGCAACGCAUAUGCCCCAACUCCACCAACAACAAGCAGCUGAAGAACCAACAAAACCGACCCAUUAUGGGAGCUGAGAAGAAAUGGCUCCUAACGCUCUUCUCGGCCACAUUCCUCUCUCUCCUCCUCCUCUUGCUCUCCUCCAUCUCUGCCUUCAGCUCACCCAAACCCUUCCUUUCAAUUGUCCAGCACGGCUCUCACUACCCGCCCGCUUUCGCUUACUACAUAUGGGGCGGCCGGGGCGAUAGGGGUCGGAUCCUCCGGCUAUUGCUCGCCGUCUAUCAUCCGCGAAAUCGCUACUUGUUGCAUCUCUCGGCUGAUGAAUCUGAAGAUGAACGGCGCCGCCUUGCCGCGGCCAUCAAGGCGGUGCCAGCAAUUCGAGCAUUUGGAAAUGUGGAUGUGGUGGGCAAGCCUGAUCGAAUCACCUACAUGGGCUCUUCGAAUAUUGCCACCACGUUGCGCGCUGCGGCGAUUUUGUUGAAGGUUGACAGUGGGUGGGAUUGGUUCGUCACUUUGAGUGCUAUGGAUUACCCACUUAUCACUCAGGACGACCUGUCUCAUGUGUUCUCCUCUGUUAGAAGAGAUCUCAAUUUCAUUGAUCACACCAGUGACCUUGGAUGGAAAGAGUUGCAUAGGGUCCAGCCAAUUGUAGUUGAUCCAGGGUUAUACCUAGCCCGGAGGAGCCAAAUUUUCCAUGCUACAGAGAAGCGGAAAACUCCUGAUGCUUUUAAAAUAUUCACAGGUUCCCCAUGGGUCAUCCUGAGCAGAUCCUUUCUGGAAUUUUGCAUUCUUGGUUGGGAUAACCUUCCCCGGACCAUGCUCAUGUACUUUACGAAUGUGAUGUUGUCCCAGGAAGGAUAUUUUCAUUCUGUUAUAUGCAAUUCACCAGAGUUUAAGAACACUACUGUGAACAGUGAUUUAAGAUACAUGAUCUGGGACACUCCCCCCAAAAUGGAACCCCACUUCCUCAAUAUCUCGGAUUAUGAUCAAAUGGUUCAAGGUGGAGCUGCUUUUGCCCGACAAUUCCAGAAAGAUGACCCUGUGCUGGACAUGGUUGAUGAAAAGAUCCUCAAGCGUGGGCGAAAUCGAGCUGCCCCAGGGGCAUGGUGCUCAGGCUGGAAAAGCUGGUGGAUGGAUCCAUGCUCUCAAUGGGGUGAUGCCAAUAUCUUGAAGCCGGGCCCCCAAGCGAAGAAAUUUGAAGAGUCGAUUACUAACCUUCUUGAUGACUGGACUGCGCAAUCAAAUCAAUGCCAAUGAAGAUGUGUGAAUUGAAAAAAAGGAUCUUCAGUUCAGAUACUUGGUGCGGUUUCCUAUGAUCUAAACUUGAUGAUUAGUUUGGAAGACUGCCAACAGCAGAGAUACAUUCUUUUGGCCCCCUGAAGCGCACUUUUUUUGGGGUUCCUCCAGUCUCAUGCUUGACUAUUGUUUAUAACGGGGGCAGAGUAGAAGGGAGAAACAUAGUGAGUUCGCUUGAGGUAUAUUGGGCUGUACUGUGGCAUAGUAAGAGGGUCUCCCUCUUUUGUGCUGCCACUGCAUGCUGUUGUAUGUUCUACUUCCGAUUAAAUUAGGGACUGUUUGAAUGUUGGAUCCAAAAUUCAUUCUUUAAAUUCUAACGUCUUGUAUCUUUUUCACAGUGAA